GCCCCUGACUGCACUGUUAUGCUGCAUUGAAAAGCAUAAGCCGCUACCAAGUAGUAGCCAUACGUUUGACGUAGCACUUCUGAGGCAAACGGUGCGCGGACCGCCGCCGACGAUGUCUCAACGAGACGCAGACAGCUUCAUUUCCAAAAAUGAACGAGAAUUUAUCCUAAAGGCGCUGGCGGAGGAUGUGCGCCUUGACGGCCGGAGGCCAAAUGACAUGCGGAAACCAAAGUUUCAGUUCUCUCUGGACGACCGCAGCUGCACCGUGGCCCAGGGCUCCACCCGCGUUAUGGCCGUGGUGAGCGCCGCGCUGGAGGCUCCGUACCCGGACCGGCCCAGCGAGGGCCCGCUGCGCUUCAACGUGGAGUUCAGCCCCAUGGCCUCGCCCGCCUUCGAGCCGGGGAAACCGGGCGAGGACGCCAUUCAGGUGGCCCGGCUCAUUGAGCGGGGGUUGCGCCAGAGCGGCGCCGUGGACCAGGAGGCGCUGUGUGUGGUGGCGGGGCGCAAGGUGUGGGCUCUGCGGGUGGACUGCCACGUGCUGGACCACGGCGGCAACCUGCUGGACUGCUGCUUCCUGGCGGCGCUGGCGGCACUCAUGGCCUUCCGCAAACCCGAGGUCGAGGUGGGCGGCGAGAGCGGCAGUGAGAUCAUCGUGCACCCGCCCGAGGUGCGGGAGCCGGUGCCGCUCACCAUCCACCACCUGCCGGUGGCGGUCACCUUCGCGCUGUUUCAGGCCGGCGACAUGCUUGUUGCCGACCCCACCUGGAAGGAGGAGGCGGCGGCGGCGGGGUCAUGUACGGUGGUCAUGAACCCGGCACAGGAGGUGUGCUGCGUGCACAAGGCCGACGGCAUCGGACUCAGCCCGGAGCAGUUCAUGCGUUGCGUACGGCUGGCGGGCCGGCAGGCGGAGGAGGUGGUGGCGGGCCUGAAGAAGGCGCUGGAGGGACACGAGGUGGCGCGAGUGCAGGCGCGUGUGCGGCGGCACCAGCAGGUGCCUGGGCUGCCGGCGGAGGGGCGGCACGUCAUGAUCCUGGGGGCCAAGGACCCGGCUGGCGGCGCCGCGCCCACGACAACUGCUGGCAGCAGCGCGGCGGCAACGGCACCAGCGGCCACAGCGGCAACGGUUGCGCGGAAGCCGGCGUCUGCGGCCACGGAUGAGGUUGAUGAGGAUGCGGACAUUGAUGACGGGACGGACGAAGAGGAGGAGGAGGAGCAGGCGGCGGCGGCGCAGGCGGAGGCGACGGCGGCGAGCAAGGGGCCAGGGAGCAGCGGGAGAGGGUCCAAGGCCAAGGCGGCGGCACCGCCGCCAGAUGACGAUGACGAGGAUGAUGAUAUGGAGGACGCGGGCGUUGGCGCCAAGCAGAUGAGUGCCCAGAAGCCGAAGGCCAAGCUAGCAGGCCCGCUGGUGAAGCCGGCGGGCGCCAAGGCGGGCGCCGGCAGCAAGCGCGGCGGCGGCGCCACCGGCGGCCUCCAGGCGAACAAGCGCGGGAAGGACAAUGUUGGGUUUGACGAGCUGGAGGCGAUUGCGGCGGUGAUUGCGGGCGUGCCGGCGGGCGGUCCGGCGCCGGGGGAGCCCGAGCCGAGCCUGGCGGCUGCGGUGAAGCCGGGCAAGGGGCGCAAGAGCGGCGCCAAGUGAGGGAGCGGCAAUUGAAUGCCUGGGCGGCCGGGAUUUUGAGGCGGCAGGUGCAGCAGGGUUGGAUGGGGUCGAGGCGUGGCGUGCUUUUGGUGGAGUGCUGUGGGUUGCGGAUUGGGUCGCAAAGGCAGGGUAGCGUGAGCUAGCGAUGCGUUGCUUGGGCCCAGGGCCUCGCGCCUGUGGCUACAUGAGCAUGGCCAACACUGUUCAGCUGUUGUAAAGUCGGCUGACAUGCCA